AUGAAAAAGCAAUUUACUAUGCUUCAGUCAUGGCAUGUGUGUACACCAAGACCUGUUGCAUCAAAGCUUUUUGCGGAUACACCUUUUCUUACAGGACAACUCGUGUGCUUGAUGCAUCCCUUGGUUCUUGGAGGAACAUGUGCUAUUCCUGGUGCUUUUGGUCGUGGAAAAACUGUUAUUAGUCAGGCACUUUCCAAGUACUCCAGUUCUGAAGCUGUGGUUUAUGUGAGAUGUGGUGAAAGGACAAAUGAGAUGGCUGGAGUUCUCAUGGACUUGCCCCAAUUGACAAUGACGUUGCUCAACGGACGUGAAGAGUUUGUCAUGAAGAGAACAACAUUGGUUUCUAACGCGUCUAACAUGCUCAUCGCUGCUCAUGAAGCCUCCAUUUAUACAGGUAAAGGUGUAAUGCCUUGA